GCGGUGUCGCCGUAUCGUAUUCUCUUAUUCUUCUCGCGCCUUCCUGGCAGAGGACAAAGCGGACUGCGUCGAUACAUCACGUCACGAUAUCGUGUCGAAGCAGCUCGUCAAAACCUUCCAGCGCGGUAUUACACUGCUUUCAACGUGGGCCCGUGAUCUGGACUAUAUAUCUCAAGUUUAGCCCGGUCCCAGCAACCUUCGAUCAGGGUCAUGCACUUGACUAUCGCUAACGAAGAUCCACCGGCAGUGAGGCCCCGGGCUACGACGUCAGCACUUUUCCCAAAGGGUGGACAGGGACAGUGACGACAGCCUAUCACUGCGGCAAAUGUGUCACCUGGAAAACCUUUUGGAACCUCUGAGCACCGCUCGAAGAAGUUACAGCGCCUUUCACUGUAAUACAGACAGGAGAUGCGGAGAAAACCACGGUCACUGAAGACCUUGGGGGAGGAGCAUGUCUCGGGUGCUUCUUCGGCGCCAAUCCUGAUUACCUUCGUCGUGCUGGUCACGUGGCCAACCUGGAGUGCCUCUACCGUCUGUUACGCCAACGCACUGAGCAAGGAUGUCGGAGAGCCCUCUAAGGCGCAUCCGGGCGACUCCAGUUUCCUGCUUCGAAAACCGAACGUUACUAGAGUCAGUGAAGCCGGCGAGAGCGGUUUCUUCCCGCCGAGAUGUCCAUUAACCGACUCGUGCAAGAACCGUUGCGGGGAGCCCUCGGACGAUGAGGAGGAGUACACGUGCCACUGCGACCCCUCCUGCGUAAAAUACGGUGACUGCUGCGUCGACGUCCAAAAACACUGUUCACUGGAUCCAUUAGCCGUCGAGCAGCACUCACUGCGACCCCCGUGCAUCUACGAAACCGACUUCCCGCAAGACCUGUCCUUCUUCUACGUGUCUACGUGUCCCGAUGGAGUAGACCUCAACAUCGACGAUGAGGAAGACGAGGUAAAGGUCUUGGGUGAAGAUGGCAUCGUCUACGCGAACGACGCACACGCUCGGUGCAACGGAGUGACAAACGCCGUGCCACUUGCCCUGUUGGAGGAUACGGAAGCAGAAAGUGGAAACCACUCGACACGCUACUUUGUCAGGAGUUGCGUGCAGGCCGUGAGUACGUGCAGUGAUAGAAGAACAGUGUUCGACGGAAGGAACUUGGAAGACCUGUGCGCAGCGUUUCAGGGCCCCGUGAGAUCAAUCCACAAGCCUAACCGGAAGCGUAAGCUCUACAAGAACGCCUACUGCGCACUCUGCAAUGGCGAUGUACCGGAUCUUCGCUGUCCUGGUGGCGUGGCGACCUACAGCCAAAAAGAAAUGGCAAGCUCGUUGUUCCAGGGAUCUAAAGAGAAGAGCUACGAAGCCACAGAUGACAUUCCUUCAGCCUUUUCUAUUGUCCUUAACUUCGGUUUGGACGGAGUGGAGAAGUACAAGUUCUCUUCUGAAAGUAAAGAAACGAUGAUGCGCAAUCAACAAAGAUGUAACGAAGGGUUCAUCUGGGAUCCUUUCGCCGAACUUUGCCGUCAGCUUUAUUGCGGCACCCAGUUCACACUGGUAAACUCGAAGUGCAUACAGAAACCACACAACAGCACAGAAAAUAAUACGGCAAAUGCGCCCCUGUUCGAAAAUAAGAGCGCUGACUACAGUCGCAUUACUGUUGUGAUCAACAUCAGCCUGGAUCGGUCAAGCGAAGUAAGCAUGGAUGAAUUGAAGCAGUCUCUCACUGACAGCUUCGUCCAAUACUACAACAUAUCGAAAGAGAGAAUAAAAAACAUGGCUGUCGCCAUUGUGUGGGACCCCGAAAAGGUGCACCAAUACCUAGAAGACUCAGACGACGUGCUAGUGGUGGAAGAAGAAGACUACGUGCACGAAGACGGCCACGUGCCAGACCCUGCCAACAGCACUGGUUCUCCGGCAACGUUAAUAACGCACUUCGAUCUUUACGAACCCACGAAAGACGAUCUCGAGCCGUCGAUAAGUUCCAUAAUCGUUUCUCUGGCAGCAAGUUUCAGCCUUAACUCGAUUCUACUCAAGGAACUGAACAUGACGGCGGCGGUGAGCAGCGUACGAUCAAAGCCACUUGUCCUCGAAGACUGGUGCAGCGAAAAGGACGGAGGCAUAUGGCGCGAGUACUGGAACGACGAGUUCGUCUUCCUGCCCAGAACCGAGAACGGCACCGGCAUCGGCAAAGUAUACGUGAACAAGACCGGUCGAACCUUCAAGCCGGGAGACUUCGUGGCCAACGUCCUCAUACGAGUCACCGGAGACCAGAAGUCUCCGGUGACUACGAACAGCAUUGUCAUCGUGUGCGACCGCGGGACAGGGCUUCCGAAGUCGUGUCCCUGCGUCGACUUCAACACGACGCAGGUGAACAUAUUCGAGAACGACACGCUCAUGCUUUACGCUGGACCUGGCCCUCUUUCCAUCACGUGUCGCCACUACCAGCUCAUGCCCGAAGGAAAGGUAUGCCUCUGCUUGGACGAACUGCGACAGGGACUCAGAAUUCGUGGCCAACUGUUCGAUGGACCAAUCAUGGCCCUCGUAAGCCUCGUGCUGACUGCCAUCUCGUUGCUGUGUCUCGUGCUGGUGUUAACCACCUACUCACUGUUUUCCGAACUUCGCAAUCUUCCGGGAUGGAACAUCAUCUUCCUGACCGGUUCACUCUUCGUCAUGCAGCUGACAUUUCUGCUGAGUCAGCGACAGUCUGUGCAGGGUGCUGCCUGCAGAGCUGCGGCCAUUGUGUGCCACUACACGGUCAUCAACUCCUUCUUCUGGAUGAACGUGCUCGCUUACGACUUGUACAAGACGUUCAGGACGAGUGGCAGCUCCAUGGGCGGCACGCGCAAGGUCUCCCACCACCUGCCGUUUUACAUGCUGUACGCCUUCGGCACACCGCUCGCUAUCGUGGGCGCAUGCUUCGCCCUGGACUACUUCGACACUUUUCUCUCUCCCGUCUACGGUUUGUUCGGCGUCUGUUGGAUCGUCAACAAACUGUCCGCGCUUGCUUUUUUCGCCGUACCCGUCGCUGUGCUCCUCUUGUUGAACUUUGUCUUCUAUGUCAUGACCGUCUACUCCGUGCAUAGUGUGUCCAGGCAGAAGCCGGGCCCCAUCCUGCGCCGCCACAGCGACAAGGGUCCGGCGACGGCUGCCACGUACGUGCGCAUGGCAACCGGAAUGGGUCUGACGUGGGUUUUCGGCUUCGUCGCGGCUUUCGUGCGCAGCUCUGAAGCCGCCAGGACAGCUUUCACCUACCUGUUCAUCGUUUGCAACACGCUACAGGGCCUGUUCCUGUUCUACGCGUUCGUGUGCAACCGCAAGACGUACCACCUGUUCCGGUCGCUGUUCUGCAACGUGCGCCGAGGAGCCCGGGCGAAACUCAGCACUUCCAGCUCCGUCAGCUCCGUUUCCACAGUUACCAGCCAGGCCAGCGUGUCUUCCACGCGCUCGACGCAGUCGGCACUGACUGCGAUCCGAUAGACGCAUUGCACAUUUGCCCUCAACCAUGUGCCCACAUUGGGGUUCCCACACAAUCCCGCAGUCCUAACGUGCGACCGAGUGCAGGAAAUAUAACUCAACAAAGCCGCAAGUUGGGCAAGUCCCGACAGGAGCGAGAAUGAGGUUGAGUGAAAUUUCCGGUUCGCUACCCUGCACUGGGAAAAGAAAAAUGGGCAUGAAAAGGUAAGGAGCCGAAAAAGGAGGGAAAUGUACAAAUAGUUCAUUAUAGUACUGAGCAAUAUCACGAGACAGAGGACGAGAUAACACGGGUGCAGCAAGAGAACAAGGAUGCAGUACAAUGGUGCAUACAGCUCUGCGUCCUAUAGUUGUUUCGUGUUUGCGCACAGUACCACAAUGAAAGAUUGCAGGCCAUAUU